UUUUUAAAAAUAAUUUUUCCGCAACCGCGUACUCGCCAGUCAGGUCUCGCUUCAAAAAAAAAGCUAAAAGGCUCAGCAGACAAGACUUUUUUUGUUUUUUGUUUAACAAUUCCUUGUAUUUUUCUUCUCACAACUUGCCUAUUUUUCAUAUAUUCCCCUCCCCUCUCUUGCAAAAUUCCAUCAUCCUCUUUGACCACUUUCACAAUGGAUCACGAUUUCAGGAACAGAACAGGUCAGGCGCAAAUCCCGAUGUACCGGCAACAACCCACUUCAUCAUCAGCAUCAUCUUCCCAUCCGAUGUACGGACCUUCAUUAUAUCCAAAGAUCGGUCAACCCGUUCACAGCGUAGUCCCUCCCGCAUCCCGCACCUCCUCUUUCCAGCAGACUUCUUCUCCGUCCUCUUCCUCCGGAUUGGGCGUUAGGGUUGCUUUGAAACCAGAAUAUCGUAUUGCUCCUCCGCCUCAGUUGUCGCCCCAAGUUGGGGAUAUUCCUCGAAGCAAUUUCCAGUUUGAUUUCGAGUUUGAGAGGAAAGUCUUGGCUGAAGCAGACAAGGAAAGCAUGAAUUGGAGCAGGCUUGGCUUGGAAAACCUUCCUUCGAAACCGACCCAAUCAACUUCUUCACCUGUUGCAAAUUCAGAUCCUGUGGUGAGCAAAUACAUUGCCUCCGGACUCAGCCGAGAAGCUGUUAGCGUUGCAGUUGCAAAUUAUGGAGACAAUUCAAUCAAGGUUCGGGAAUUUGUCAAUGGUUAUAACCUACUGCGAGAAAUGGGAUUCUCAUCAAACAAUGUUGCUGAAGCCUUACUCAUGCAUGACAAUGACACAGACAAGGCAUUGGCACAUUUCCUUAACAGUUCAUCAUGAGGAUGAUAUAAACUAAAUAGUUUGUAUUUGAGUGAACACUGGAGUAAUAAUCUGAUACCCUUAUUUAUUGUGUGCUUUUUCUGCUUUGCAACAGAUUGUACUAAUAGUCAUUCUAUGAUAUUUUGUUGUCUCUAAUAAAAGAAAAAAUUACUAUUAUCAUAUCAUUAUUGCCUCUUUGGUGAUGGGUGUAUUGUUCCCCAAUAUCAUUGUUCCGGAGAAGCAGAUGCUUUUAUAAGUUAUUGCCUAUUGCCUUGUCCUCCAAAGAUAUAUUUUUUUUAAACAAAAGGGGCUGCAAUCUGGAUAUAAAAGAAAGGGUUA